UUAUUAAGUAUACCAAAUUUGGGAAGCAUGAAUUCAAAGCAAAUAUUCUCUGCUACAGAUGUUUUUCUAUGUAUAAGAUUGACAAUAAUAGAUUUGCAGAAAUGAUAAUCCUCAUUUAUGAUAUCAGUUUGUGUGUCUGGAGAAAAUGUACAAGCGGCAAAAGUAACUGCUGAUUCGUGGCUUGCUAUUCAUUGCUCCGUGUUACCGGAUAGUGAGCCAGGAAAGUCUAGAUGAUGAUAUACAUUACAUUGAUUUCUGUUGGAUACGACGCAGUAAACGACAACUCGAUCUACUGUGCCACGUGCUGUUGACAGUAUCAAGUGCCAUCCUCAAGUCGUCUACACGUGCAAAUCCCUUUUCACCUGAGGUACAUUACUUAUCCAUUCACAGCAAAUAAACUCUCCUUCAUUUGCCAUUAAAUACCCCUAGAGUUGUAUCUUCCCCUUCAUCAGUUUCCCCUCCAAAGCUCCACCCUCUUUUCUUUUUUACCAUCAAGUCCUAAUCUGUUUUCCUUGUUUUCUCUGUUAGUCUGUGAAUUAGACAUUGGAUUAAGAUGGUUCCUACAUCUGACAAGAGUACAGCAACAGUCGUUACCCGAAAGAAAAAAACCAAAGGACCUUUCAAGGGUGUGAGGAUGAGAAAAUGGGGUCGAUGGGUAUCAGAAAUAAGGGUCCCCCAAAGUCAAUCUCGUAUCUGGUUAGGCUCCUUUGAUACUCCAGAGAAAGCUGCCCGUGCUUAUGAUGCAGCACUCUACUGUCUUCGAGGUUCACAAGGGAAGUUUAAUUUUCCUGAUGAGAAGCGACCUGAAAUUCCUGAUGGCCCAUCAAUCUCCUACUCGAAAAAUGACAUUAAAGCAGUUGCCACAAGGUUUGCAUCACCAAACUCUUCGUCAGUCCCUUGCUCAGCAUCAUCUUUAACAAAUACCACAAGCUCAGCAGAGCCAGAACUGGAGAGUGACCUGAAGAUACCAAUUACAGCGGGUAAAACAAGAAGCACAGCAGAUGCUGUUGGAGAAUCCCAUUUGGCAAUUGGCGUGACGGAACCUGAUAUGUUUACCUUUUCUCUGGAAAAAUUCUUGUUAGAGGAGCCAAUAAUGAUUCAGCCAGACCUGAUAUGGGACAUAUUAAGUAGAGAUUCAUAAUUCAAAGAUGUAAAGUUGGGGGAGAAAAAGUUUUAUGGAAAGAUAUAUGUGACAUUGAGAUAGAUGAAUCUAUAUUUAAUAAAUAUGUUGUUCAUUGUAAAUCAUAUGGAAUAAGUAUAUAAUCUCUAUGUUUAAGUUUAGAAUUAAACUUUCUUACCGUAAGUGUAGAAUUAAUCGUUUAUGUUACACUUAGUGAGAUAUUCUGCGGGAUCCUCUUUAGGUGACAGGACAGGAAUCUCUAGAAUCACAAACGUGUCAGAAGGGGUUGAAGUGGUGUUGACAGAAGUCACUAAGUGUCGCUAACUAAGGUAACUAGUUUGUCUAAAUCCAGUCUGAGAAUAGGCUAACACAUGAAACUGUUGAUAAGAUAUCAAAUGCUUGGGUAUAAAGAGUGGCUUGGAGUUUAUCUUUCAGAUUCCCCAUUAUUGUUAGAUGAAAACCUGGAUUCAUCGACACAUCUAAUCACUACUUUUCAGUUGUGACAGAUGGGAAGUUUAUAUCUGUACCUGAAUCGACGUGUGUUACAUUUCAAGUGAAGCCACAAAUUAGUAUUCUUUCUUUCUCUUACAAGAAAUUUGCUACGACGCGUAACAGUUAAUUGAGAGAGGCCAAAUAUGUAAUUACGGCUGAGUUGCGAAAGAUGACAGGAAAUAAAUAGGGUUCUAUCUGAAGCAAAUGAUGCUAAUUGGCAACACAAGUUCCAUAGUUCUAAAACUGUAGUGGCGACAAUGUGCAGAUAAUUAGAAUGAAUUAUAAGCUUUUUGUUCCUUCUAUGUUUCUUAGAAAAAUUUAGUAGAGCUCUUAGCAUCAUGAUAAGUUUUAUUAGUUACUUCACUGGUAUGCAAGAU